GCAGUUUCGAGAACGCAGAUAAAGUGAGAAAGAGACAGAGAGAACUCCGAGACGACUAGCCGACGACGAAGUGAAAAACGAACGACCGACAGGCUGUGAAUUUUUCGUGUACAGUGUUGUUUUGCAUACGAAUUAAUACCGCGUGCAGCAGACAGCAGUGUCAAAAUCAUCCCUCGACCUGUUCGACGUCAAAAUAUGCCACUACAGUCCCGGUGAUAUUCAUCGUAUACAAGAAAACAGCAAAUUAAUUCAUCAAGAUGCCAAAAAAAUUUGUCGGUGAAAACAGUAAGGCUGUGGCUGCCAGGGCUCGUAAAGCUGCUGCCAAAGAAGCUGAAAGCAGUCGCAAGGCUCAAGAGGCUGAGGAUAAGGCUUGGCAAGAUGACGACAAACAGUUACUCAAGAAAAAACAGAAGCAGGAAGAGAUGGAAAGAAAGCGUCUUCAACAAUUACAAAAAAAAGAAGAAGCCAAGGCUCUUCUUGAAAAAGAAUUGAGCUCCAUUAAAGUUGGUGGAAAACAGCCAGCAGCUAAAGUCACUCGAGCUGAGAUUCAAGCUGUCACAGAAAAACGUAAUCAAGUUGCCAUGAAAAACAAAGACAAGGAAAUUGAAACUCCGAUAGAAGAAAAUUUGAAUAGGGUAGUAUUAGAAGGUGAAACUGCUCACGGAAUUGACGAGGCUCUUUCAGUUUUGAGCGUGAAAGAUCCCGAAAUUGACCGGCAUCCCGAGCGUCGUUUGAAAGCAGCGUAUCUUAGCUUCGAAGAGCGGACGAUGCCUAUUCUCAAAGAGCAACAUCCUACGUUACGUUUAAGUCAGUUGAAGCAAUUGUUAAGGAAAGAAUGGAUGAAAUCCACGGAAAAUCCUUUAAAUCAAAGAUCGUCUUCGACCAGCUAAUAAAGACUUGCAUGGCGAUCGUC